ACUGCACUAUUUUAGGAUCCAUCAUCUCCAUCCGUAGUAAACACACUGCUGAACACCUGGGUGAUAAAGGACGACAUGAUAACAGCUACUUUGUGAAUCCAGCCGCUCGUGUUUCUCCAGGAUAUUCCCUUUUCCCAACAAACCGCGGCAAUGUCCUUGGAGCAUGGCCUGGCUUCCUCACCAAUCCCAUCAUCCCGCACCCUUUGAAUCCUAACGCAUCAGUGCUGCAGAUCUACACAAUAUCUCGCUUGGUUUUGCGCCCCCUUUGCUCUCGUUCUCUGCGUCCUGAUGGAUUGGAAGCGGCCCGAUCCCUCGUUCUGUUGACCCUGGGGGUUGAGGGGGUUGAGUGGAGAGGACAGGAUUUCUCUAAAUACGCUAAAAGUGUCCGGCCGUCGUUGUCCUGAUUUCCUCCUCUGAUGGAGAGUUAGAAGAACGGGAGGAACUACCGGGGAGGGAGAGGAGUGGAGGAGCAAAUUCGAAACCAAAAAACUCAAGCCAAGAUCAUCACUAAUACUGACCUCGUGUUGCUGAAAGUCAUAUAGAUCAAACAUCGUGGACCCAACACCCUAAGACUCAAGAUGUCCACCACGGCGACCAUGGGUGAGAUGGCGAACAGCGCAGUGGAGUUUUACCCCAAGCGGGGUGGAGGAGGCGCAGAAGCCAACCAUGCUGGAGACUUUGGGGUGACGUUGGAUGAGCUCCGGUCCCUGAUGGAGCUGAGAGGAGCCGAGGCCUUGCAGAAAAUUCAGGACAGCUAUGGAGAUGUAGAAGGCCUAUGCCAGAGACUCAAGUCUUCCACUAGCGAUGGUUUGUCAGACAACCCGACAGAUCUGGAGAAGCGCAGACAGGCAUUUGGACAAAACUUCAUCCCCCCGAAAAAGCCCAAGACCUUCCUUCAGCUGGUGUGGGAGGCAUUACAAGACGUCACCCUCAUCAUCCUGGAGAUUGCAGCCAUCAUCUCCCUCGGCCUGUCCUUCUAUCAGCCACCCGGACACGAGAGCGAAGGUUGUGGAAAUGUGUCAGGAGGAGCUGAAGACGAGGGGGAGGCAGAGGCAGGAUGGAUCGAAGGUGCAGCCAUCCUACUAUCCGUCAUUUGUGUGGUGCUGGUGACGGCUUUCAACGACUGGAGUAAAGAGAAACAGUUCCGGGGACUGCAGAGCCGCAUUGAGCUGGAGCAGCGAUUUGCUGUAGUGCGCAAUGGAAACGUCAUCCAGAUCCCCGUCGCCGAGAUGGUGGUUGGGGACAUGGCCCAGGUCAAAUACGGUGACCUCCUACCUGCUGAUGGGGUCCUGAUUCAGGGAAAUGACCUGAAAAUCGACGAAAGCUCUUUAACCGGUGAAUCAGACCACGUGCGGAAGUCAGCCGACAAGGACCCCAUGCUUCUCUCUGGUACCCAUGUGAUGGAGGGAUCAGGCAGGAUGCUGGUGACCGCAGUUGGAGUCAACUCUCAGAGUGGCAUCAUAUUCACUCUGCUGGGAGCUGGGGAAGGGGAGGAGGAGAAGAAAGAGAAGAAAGAGGACAGUAGUUACUCACUAACAACUAUGGCCAAACCGAGUGGCAUCACCAAUGGCAAGCAGCCAGAGGCAGCUGUGGAGACCAAUCAGAAUAAAGCCAAAAAGCAGGAUGGAGCCGUUGCCAUGGAGAUGCAGCCUCUGAAGAGUGCGGAGGGCGGAGAAGUGGAGGAGAGAGAGAAGAAAAAAGCCAAUGUGCCCAAGAAGGAGAAGUCUGUACUGCAGGGCAAACUAACCAAACUGGCUGUACAGAUUGGCAAAGCAGGUCUUGUGAUGUCAGCCAUUACAGUUAUCAUCCUGGUGCUGUACUUUGUGAUCGAGACAUUUGUGGUGGAAGGGCGAAGCUGGUUGCCUGAGUGCACGCCCAUCUACGUGCAGUAUUUUGUCAAAUUCUUUAUCAUUGGUGUGACUGUGCUGGUGGUUGCCGUGCCUGAGGGUCUUCCCCUUGCUGUUACCAUCUCCCUGGCCUAUUCAGUUAAGAAAAUGAUGAAGGACAAUAACCUAGUGCGUCACCUGGAUGCCUGUGAGACAAUGGGCAACGCCACUGCCAUCUGCUCAGACAAGACCGGCACACUUACCACCAACCGCAUGACUGUAGUGCAAGCCUACGUCAAUGACCAGCACUUCCGUGAGAUCCCAGACCCCAGCCAGAUCAACCCCAACACCCUAGAGAUGAUUAUCAAUGCCAUAUCUAUCAACUGCGCCUAUACCUCCAAAAUCUUGCCACCGGAUGUGGAAGGUGGUCUGCCCAAGCAGGUUGGUAAUAAGACAGAGUGUGGUCUGCUCGGCUUCCUGCUGGACUUGAAAAGAGACUACGUCCCUGUGAGAGAGCAGAUCCCAGAAGAGAAGCUCUACAAAGUCUACACGUUCAACUCUGUACGCAAGUCCAUGAGCACUGUGGUGCAGAUGCCGGAUGGAAGUUUCCGGCUCUACAGCAAAGGAGCCUCUGAGAUCCUUCUGAAAAAGUGUUCCGCAAUACUUGGUGCCAAUGGUGAAGCACGAAGCUUCAAGCCACGGGACCGAGAUGAGAUGGUGAAGAAAGUGAUCGAGCCCAUGGCGUGUGAAGGCCUGCGAACCAUUUGCAUCGGUUAUCGUGAUCUUCCCGGCGACCCUGAGCCUGACUGGGAAAAUGAAGCUGAAAUUGUCACCGAUCUGACCUGCAUCGCAGUCGUCGGGAUUGAAGAUCCCGUUCGACCUGAGGUCCCUGAAGCCAUUCGCAAGUGUCAGAGGGCAGGCAUAACUGUGCGCAUGGUCACCGGCGACAACAUCAACACAGCACGAGCUAUUGCUGCCAAGUGUGGCAUCAUUCAGCCCGGGGAUGACUUUCUGUGCCUGGAGGGUAAAGACUUCAACCGAAGAAUCAGGAAUGAGAAAGGAGAGAUUGAGCAGGAGAGGAUUGAUAAGAUCUGGCCCAAGCUCAGAGUCCUUGCACGUUCCUCCCCCACGGACAAACACACUCUUGUAAAAGGCAUCAUUGACAGCACUGUGCUGGAGCAGAGACAGGUGGUGGCCGUGACUGGUGAUGGGACCAAUGACGGGCCGGCUCUCAAGAAGGCAGAUGUGGGCUUUGCAAUGGGUAUAGCAGGCACUGAUGUAGCUAAAGAAGCCUCUGACAUCAUCCUGACCGAUGAUAACUUCUCCAGCAUUGUGAAGGCUGUCAUGUGGGGGAGAAAUGUGUAUGACAGCAUCUCUAAGUUCCUGCAGUUUCAGCUUACUGUCAAUGUAGUGGCCGUCAUCGUAGCUUUCACCGGGGCCUGCAUUACACAGGACUCUCCGCUAAAAGCAGUACAGAUGUUGUGGGUCAAUCUGAUCAUGGAUACAUUUGCUUCUUUGGCUCUUGCCACUGAGCCGCCCACCGAAGCUCUGCUGCUUAGGAAACCCUACGGCCGCAACAACCCCCUCAUCUCGCUCACGAUGAUGAAGAACAUCCUGGGUCAUGGAGUCUAUCAGCUCGUCAUCAUCUUCACCCUGCUGUUUGUCGGAGAGAAAAUCUUCAACAUCGACAGCGGCCGUGACGCCCCCCUACACUCCCCGCCGUCAGAACACUACACCAUCAUCUUCAACACCUUUGUCCUGAUGCAGCUCUUCAACGAGAUCAACGCUCGCAAGAUUCACGGCGAAAGGAACGUGUUUGACGGCAUCUUCGCGAACCCUAUCUUCUGCAGCAUUGUUCUGGGAACAUUUGGAGUGCAGAUUGUGAUUGUGCAGUUUGGGGGCAAGCCCUUCAGCUGUGCCCCUCUCAAUGUGGAGCAGUGGCUGUGGUGCCUCUUCGUGGGAGUUGGAGAACUGCUGUGGGGUCAGGUGAUCGCCACAGUGCCCACUAGUCACCUAAAGUGUCUGAAGGAGGCGGGCCAUGGGCCAGGGACCGACGAGAUGACGGAGGACGAGCUGGCCGAGGACGAGGAAGAGAUAGACCACGCUGAGAGAGAGCUACGCAGGGGGCAGAUCCUCUGGUUUAGAGGCCUUAACCGUAUCCAGACUCAGAUGGAGGUAGUGAGUACGUUCAAGAGAAGUGGUUCGUUUCAGGGUGCAGUGAGACGUCGAUCCUCAGUGCUCAGCCAGCUCCAUGACAUGCGGGUGGUGAAAGCGUUCCGUAGCUCCCUUUAUGACGGAAUCGAGAAACCCGCGUCCAGGAAUUCCAUCCACAACUUCAUGGCGCACCCAGAGUUUCUCAUCAACGACUUCAUCCACAACAUCCCGCUGAUCGACGACACCGACAUUGACGACGAAUCGGAGUGGUCGAGGCACAACCACCACUUGCAUCCGGCCUUCCGAAAGCCCCCUCCUCCUCCGGUCCAGCAUCCGCAGCGUACCCACCCACCGCCCCGUCCCUACCGCCAGUACAGCCUCCCCGCCACGCCUAACCGCAACAACAACGCCAUCGAGAGCGGCGUCUACCACCUGAACCUCCCCACAGGCCCAGACGGCCACUGGACAACCCCCUCUCGACAGCUGUACCCCCUCCUCGCCCUGGAGACCUCUCUAUGACUGACCACGCUCCAGAGGACGAGACCCUAAGAACUUUGAGGAUGUGGACCUGUGCGGGUCAGGCUGGUGGGGGAGGCUCCUACGGACACGUUGUAGGUGGUUGACCCCCAACACUAAGACAGGGUCAUCCCAUUACAAUCAUUCGCCCACUACCACCAUCCACCGGAAGCACUAUCACUCCUCAUGUCUCAACAACAACAUCCCCACAGACACCUCUCUCUCACCGUGUGGAGAGGAGGCCAGUCUGCUGCGUGUCUGCAGUUCCUUUGGACUGACCUGAGAAGGUGAGGAAUCCAGACUCAAUGGAUUUUAGCGACUCUUUAGUGCUGGUGACUAUUGACUUCUCAGAAUGCAAAGGAAUACGUUCCCUACGGGUGGAGUAGGGGUCCAUUCACUUUACUUUUUAUUGGUGUUACUAAACUCAAUAUUAUUAUUAUCAUGUUUGACUUCUUACUAUCGCCACCGUCAUCCCGAGUGCUCGGAUUAUCAUUGCGGUAUCACAGACUUUUAUUACUCUGAGUAAUGCUUUAUGGAUUAGCUUUAAAACAUUGUAUUUAUUUAUUUAUUAUUUAUUUAUUUAUUCAUUUAUUUAUUGUGAUCACCAAGAUUUUUAUUUUUUUUUUCAUUUUCACUUUGUCUAUCUCUCUCUCUCUGUGUCUGUGUGUGUGUUGUGUCUGUCCUAAGAGCAUAAAAAAGCAAGAAAAAAGAAGUACUAACAAAGCAAAGAUAAUAUUAAUUUGAAGCUUAGACUAAUUCAAUUAUAAUGCGUCUGCUAAUAACAAAAAGAAGACUAAAAUGUUGCCGCACCAUUGUUUUACAGCAUUUUGUGUAAAAAAAAAAGUAUUCUAUUAUUUGAGGGCAAUUUGUAGCUUCACUCUAAGUGAGAGUAAGCAUUUUUAAACACAAAAAUCAUGACAUCUUAAACAUUUACACAACAUGUUCAUGUUUAAAAUAUGCUACAGGGUAGAGGAUUUGGGCAAUCCCAUCACAGUGAUUCAGUGGUCGUAGGUGGGAUUUCGGGUGGUUUUCCAUCUCAGCAGUGGCAAUCAGCCUUACGACAAAAUGGCCUUGUUAAUAUGUCUUACCUUGUUCAAAGUAUCUGAAAUUGGAUUUAUGAAAUAGGAUUUCAGUGGGUUUGCCCAGACUCGACAUUUAAUGGUGUCUUAUAUUUCUUUCACAUAAAAGCCAUUGAAAUUCAUGUUGUGCAGAUGACACCAACAAAUGCAUCAACCCUUUAAACAUGCUCAAGUAAUUCUAUUCGCUCAGUACAUGCAUAUCUGCUGGCCCUUUAAAUACAUUCGCACUCACAUUUGCUUUCCUCAUGUGUGUGGAAUAUUUAUCAGAUUGUGAAUAUCUGCAGACUGUGGUCACCAGGGUAGGGAAUCCAUCUUAUACUGCCACACCAUAGUUGAAAAUAUCAAAGAUGCUAAAGAUGGACAAUCCGUGAGGGUAUCAUUACUUUUGCACAAUAUCGAGGUUCGCUGUCUGGUGGACUUUGAUAGACACACUGUCUGCCUAUUGGUCCAUACAUAGACAACAUGUUUGCACAGAUCAGUAAUCCCUAUUAUAUAUGUAAAGACAUGCAUGAUUCUCCAUGUCAGAUGAUAGUGUGUUUGAUUCAGUUACAUUCCAUUGACUUUCCACUGAUCAGUCGUACCAUCCAGGGUUACCUCGUUCAACACCCUAUAAUCUUCUGGAACGAUUACGAUCAUACUGCUACAGUCGAUACAUUGCAACCUAAUACAAUCAUUUUGGGGAAUGAGACCGGCACUUAUGCAACAGACUGCCCUGCCCACAGCUCUGUGAAAUACGCUUCACGACAUGUACAUAUGGAUCUCGAAAAAAACCUUUAUCUGUAUAGAAUACUUUUCUAGAUUGUCCAGUUCAAAGAAACUGGCGAAUAUCGAAAGCAGACAAUGCAAGCAUGAGCGUCACUAGAUCAUGUCAUUGCAUUGGUCGGUUGUGUCUUUGCGGAGCAUGUUGAUAUCAUAUCGCUCGUCAUUGUUUGACUUCACUUUCGUCUGUCGAUGCUUCACUGUGGCUCUUAAGCAGUUGGUGGACACACGUUUCUCCUCCCAGCGCAUCUGUGCUGUCAUUAAUGUGCUAGAGUCCAUGCUGAUGUUCUCCUCCUGAUACACUGCCGUCUGUGGCGUGGAGCCUGGAGGUGGAGCAGUGUCGCACUGCCAAUCUGACUACUUGAUACGUUGCUUAAAAUGGGUUGACUCGUUCUACGACUAGCAGAACUCUUUGUCGUUGGAUCUUUAAAUGGAAACCCAUUUUUAAAGGAAUAUUCUGGGUUCAGUGCCUGCUUUUCUUUAAAAAUAAAUACAGCAUACAGCAAAGCUUACAAUGGAAGUGAAUGGGCUAAUCCUUAAACAUUGAAAAUACUCAUUGUUUCAAUAGUGUGGCCACAAGAUGUAAAUAGUAUGAAUGUCAACACGAAUUUGGUGUGGGGGAAAAAUUACUCACUAACCUUUUCUGUGUAGAAUUAAAUUCAAAUGUAAGCUACAUCUUUUUUCAUAACGAUGCUACAGCGUAGACCAUAAAACUCUAAAAUGAUUGUAAAAAUGAUUGUUUAAUCUGCUUUAUGGCUCAAAUAAUACACAUUUUAACAAUAUAAUUAAUUAAGUGCAAUUUUAUGAUUAUAACUCAGUUUCCUUUAAAAACCAUUCAAUUUCAUUGUAAGUGCCUCGUCGCAACCUUGAUUUUUCAACCUCAUCAAUAAUAUUAUCAAUAAUUGUCUCUAAUUUAAAAAAAAAAUAAAAUACUUAACACCGUGUCUACAUCGGACGUGAGCUUUGACAAACUAAAGAUAAUAGGUGAUAAAGAUACAUAGGAGCAGUAUUAAUUAAGAUUAUCCUUAUAUUUCACCUACCUGACAGGAAAUGAUAAGAACAAACACGAAUGUUGUCAAGAUUCUUGCCCUGGAAAUCCUGGUUCAGUUUGGCCAACCACAAAUGCCUUUGUUCCUCAGUUUUUUGCAUUCUUCUCCUUGAUUUGUUAUAACUUUUGCCAGUAUAAAGUACUCCAAAUGUUUUUCCCGACUAGUACAGCCCAAAACAUGACAAUAAUGACCAUUUUCAGCAGCAAUAAUCAGCACUUUCGUUCGGCUCAGCGGCAUUGUUUAGGCCCUAUGUCCCGUGCCGCCAAUAUAUCCAGUUGUUGACGUGUCCUGAAAACACUAUUAUAAUCAGUGAUACUACACUGGAUUUGGCACGCCGCGACUCCACACGACAAAUCUUCGACGGUAAACUGAUGGCUUGUUCUAUUUAUGACGUACUGACACAAAGUUCAAAUAAUUUUUAAAGGUCACGGUUGCUUUGUCGCGCCCAGUGUAGACAGACUGUUGAGGCGCGGUGCGAAACGACAAGUGUCGCGUCCGGUGUAAACACAGUGUAAAAGUUUUUGUUGUUGUUGUGAACCCGGAAUAUUCCUUCAAGCAAAACGGUGUUAUAUCUGCAUGAGUGUGUCCAACCUUUCGCUGGGUUCGAUCAGGCUCAGACAGUUCCAGUGGAGUCUCUAAUGUCGAGAGCGCUGGCAGGUCUCACAGACUGAACCCAUUUAAAGGCCCAGACACAAUCAGCGGGCUGAAGUGGUGGUCAGGGAGGAUAGGUCAGUGAACCUGCUAUACCAUAAUAAAGAAAUAUUUCCUAACCUUAUCUUAUCCUCAGCAAAGCUUAACUACCAAAAUAGGCCUCAAGCUAUGCUCGUCUCUGAAUAAUUUUUAAAUCUAACUAUAUCUAAGACGUAUACCCCAACCAUUGAACUCUCCAGACAGUGAUGAUAUAUAUUACAGUGGCAUAUGUAUGGUAUCCCUCCUCUCCACCACAACAGACAGCCACUUUAUCGAGACUCCUGAUAGAGUGUCAAAUAUAUAUACGCAUAUAUAUAUUUAAAAAAAAAAAAGAAAACAGAUAAUCCAAAACUCCAUCGUCUGCCUUCAUUUUGUUCCAUUCUGUUGUAGAAAAAUCACGCAAGGUAAGGUGAAAAAAAUUUAAUGUGAAAAAGAGUAAAUAAUAUACUAUAUUUAAUAUAAAGUUAUAAAUUAUUGUACAACUGCACCAUCACUGUACAUUUUGCCAAAAUGUGCACAUGUGCAUCUUUUGUUUACGAUUUAAGCACAUUUUUUUGUUUUAUUCUAUUGUCUCUUCCUCUUUCUUUCUCCUUUUGCUUUUUUGUAAAGAAUUAAAAUUGAACAGCUUGUACAUUAUUAUGAUUAUUAUUAUGAUUAUUAUUAUUAUUAUUGUCUUUUUCCAUCAGUGCUCUUUUAGCUGAUGGAAAAAACAGUUGCACAUUCUCCUGAACAUACACUUACUGCUCUACAAUGGAAAAAAAAACAAAAAAGAGAAAAAAAAAUUAAACUAUUAAAUAUAUUAAUAAUUACCUGCCUGUUACUUAAGAGAAAAAAGUAUCUAUCUAUGAUGAAAGAACACAGCUGUAUACUGUAGACUAAACUGUAUGGAAAUCUAAGAAUUUAAUGGGAAAAUAAGUCAACACUUUUUGUCUGUAUAAAAAAUCAAAUCAAAGUAUUCUACAAUAAUAACUUUGACCAGUGUCUGUGGUUGUGUUUCA